GUUGCCGUUAGCCUUCUGAAGUUGUUCAAGGCUACAGUAUAUCACGCUGACUUGUCUUCAAAGUAACAUGAGCAUUAAAAGAACAAGUUUUCAUAAUAGGCUUGAUGUGAAUCAGAGAGUCAAUAUUGUGUUUAGAAGAAAAGCUAUAAACGUCACCCCUUCCCCAAUGUUGCUCGACACUCGAUCCUUGUUACCCGCUCCAUUCUACUUUCUGUUACAUGCCUCUGCUUUCUUUACUCAUAUAGACGGAUUUACACCCCUAUAAACAACGUUCGGAGGUACCCCACAACCAUGAACAUCACAAACGGUACCCUGGCGCAGGAGCGAUGCGCCGGCGACAAUGGAAUACCUACCCUGCCUUAUCCGUAUUACUGCGCCACCACCAUCUGGCAACAAGGACUCAAUCGGACACAAAAUCCUUACGGUUAUUUAGUGAUGUGCUGCAAAAGCAAUCAGUACAGUUACUUCGGCGAGAAUAAUUGUGCCGCUUACUGCAAUGCGACCAAGGAAACUCAAUCGACUCUAAUGGACUGUCUUACUAUGGGCCACCAUCUUGAGUUCGUUGUUUGUGGUUCGGGAAAGACGUCUGGAUCUACGUCGAGCUCAAUGCCCAACUUGAAAUCCUAUCUUGUUUUGGCUGUGGUUCUUAGCGGCUUUUGUCAACUUUGAAAGAUGGGAUAUUGACAUGUAUGUGGGAUAUGGUUGUUUCAGAUGGAGGAUUCAGUUGGAUUAUGCGAUCUGGGGUUCUGUAUGGCAUGAUCGACUUUUUCUUGUUUCGCAACUAGGCAUCAACUUGCAAGCACAUCUUCUGUCGUGAAUGGAAU